AUGGCCUCCAAGACGUACCAGAUUGCUGUUCUCCCUGGCGACGGUAUCGGCCCUGAGGUCGUCGCGCAGGCUUCGCGCGUGCUUGAGCGCAUCUCUGAGAAGUCGUCGAGCGUCAAGCUCGAGCUCAAGUCGUACGACUUUGGUGGUGCUGCGAUCGAUUCGGCCGGCGAGCCCCUUCCGAAGGCGACACUCGACGCGUGCAAGGCUGCCGACGCGAUCCUGCUCGGUGCCGUCGGUGGCCCCAAGUGGGGUGUCGGCAAGGUGCGCCCCGAGCAGGGUCUCUUGCAGAUCCGCAAGGAGCUCGACCUGUACGCGAACGUGCGCCCGGCGCUCUUCCCCUCCGAGUCGCUCCUGGAGCACUCGCCGCUGCGCCCCGAGGUUGCGCGCGGCACCGAGUUCAUCGUGAUCCGCGAGCUGGUCAAGGGUCUCUACUAUGGUGACCGCAAGGAGGCCGACCUCGACACGCCGGGCAGCACCGGCGAGGCCUACGACAUGAUGGUCUACAACAAGGCCGAUGUCGAGCGUAUCACGCGUCUCGCCGCGUACCUCGCGCUGAAGUCGAACCCUCCCGCGAAGGUGCACUCGAUCGACAAGGCUAACGUGCUGGCCACCAGCCGUCUCUGGCGCCGCGUCGUCACCGAGACCAUCGAGAAGGAGUUCAAGGACAAGGGCGUCGAGGUCGACCACCACCUGGUCGACUCGGCCGCGAUGGUCAUGGUUUCGAACCCCCGCAAGCUCAACGGUAUCGUCCUGACCGAAAACAUGUUUGGCGACAUUCUCUCGGACGAGUCGUCGGUCAUCCCCGGUGCGCUCGGCCUGCUGCCGAGCGCGUCGCUCUCGGAGCUGCCCACGGGUGAUGCGCCCGCCAAGGGUCUCUACGAGCCGAUCCACGGCUCGGCGCCCGACAUUGCCGGCCGCGGCAUCGCGAACCCCGUCGGUACGAUCCUCUCGGCUGCGCUCCUGCUCCGCUGGUCGCUCGGUCUCGACAAGGAGGCGACGGCCAUCGAGAAGGCCGUGCGCAAGGUGCUGGACAAUGCCGACAUUGGCGGUCUUGGCGUGCGCACCGGCGACCUCGGCGGUAAGGCCACCUCGCAAGAGGUCGGCGACAAGGUCCUCGAGGUCCUCGACACGCUCCUUUAA